CGGCGGAGGAAUAGGGUGAAAUCGUCCCGAAAAAUGGGAUACAACCACAAUAUCCACCAAAAAUUAUUAUGAAACGUUAACUAAGCUAUUAGAUUAUUAACUAAAAACUAUGUUAGUGGCGUUAUAACAGUCGGUGCGUACGUAGUAUUAGUUUUUAGUUAGUGAUAUUGCUCGACGUAGGCCCUAAAAUGUAUGUGUCGGCGCUAAGGUCGUAACGAACAUGUGUGUGUAACGUUAAAUAUAUGUGAACCCUCGCGUCGCGAUGGAGCAGUGCAGCUGAAGCCAGGACUCAGUUGACAUCGGGAGCCAUCGGAAUUGUCGCAAAAUGCGCUGGAUUUUUCCCGUUCCAGUUCUCCUCAUGUCCUGGUUCGGAGUGGAGCAAGUAAAAGCGAACUCGUGCAUUCGGACUGCGUUGUGGGCUCUAAGUCUCACUCCCAUUGUACAGGCGGAAUGCCAAACCCGCACGAUAUACUGCUACGAGUGUGACAGCUGGACGGACUCGCGCUGCAAGGACCCCUUCAACUACACCGCGCUGCCGCGAGACCAGCCGCCGCUGCAGACCUGCGCCGGUUGCUGCGUGAAGAUGGUGCGAUACUCCAAGAGCCCGUACGAGGUGGUCCGCCGAACGUGCACCUCUCAGCUGCAAAUAAACCUGUUCAUGGUCGACCACGUUUGCAUGAUGGAAAGUACAGGCACAGGACACAUGUGUUUCUGCGAGGAGGAUAUGUGCAACGGCGCGUCGACCGUCGACUUCACGCUGGCGCUGACGGCACUAGUGUUACUGGCAUGCGCAUGUUGCAGGUGAAGUAGGCGGCUAGCGAGGGCUGAGUGUCGGUCGGUGUUAUCGAUUGCGUGGUUUUGUCAAUCGGUAUCUUUGUAGCAUUCGGUUAUACGAUAUAAAAUUGCAAUGUUCGUAAUUUUAGCGAUCUCGGUUGGGAAAUUGAAUGGAUAUUGGAUGUGUUAGCAUAACGAUUCGGGUUUUUAAGCGUUGGAUUACUUAGCGAUGUCGGUCGGGAAUAUCGAAAGAUAUUCGAUAUGUUUUAGAAAUUGGGUGGAAGUUGGAUAAUUAAGUGAUGACGGCUAGGAAAUUUGAAGUUGAAUGGUUGUUUAGUAACUCAUGGUGCAUUGAAAUUAGCUGCAAUGUGCAACGUAAUACUAGAGCGGUUUCUACACGUAAUUUAUGAAAGUUGUAUGAAGUGAUACGACCCUUCAUGCAACUUUCACCAAGAGUAAUAUCGGUAGAUUGAUUGGUGUAGAGUAGCGAUCAGAGAUCAAAUACGUUGCCGCUAUCGAUAGGUACUAGGUAUAAUCACCAUAAUAUCGGGAAUUCUAAAAACGCGUUUAUAUUUUGUCAUUCGUCCGCUGGAUAGGCUUAAAAAUAUUAUUUAAAAUCGACAACACAGAAUCCUUUCAAAGAUCCCAAGCGAUAUCGACGUUAUGAAAUAUUCGAUUGGUAUCGACUGUACAUAAUCACCGAUCGAUACAGCUCUUACAACACUAUUUCGAUACAAUUUUGUUGUAAGAAGUUGAUACCGUAUCGAAAUAUUUUUGAUUUGCGUCCGUUUUUAUUACCGACUAACGAUAUGCACGCAUGGCUAGUAUUGGGCACGAAUCAAAAUAUCGAUAUCGGUACAAUCGGUCGACAGACUCAGCGCAGCUCUAGUAUUAAUUAAAUUUUUCGUCCAAUAGUAGUCUGUAGACAUAGUUUUCGAAGGUGCUUAGUUUUCACAGCGCAUUUUGAAAUAAUAUAAAAAAAAAUAGACAAAAACUCUACUAACCUUUUUCAUUCACAUUCCAUUUAAUAAAAUUAAUUUUUCGUAUUAAAACAUGGAUGAAUAAUAUCCGUCGCUUUAAAUUAUAAAAAUAAACACAAUUGUGCAAUUAAUACUAGGUAUCAAACUUAAUUUAUAGUCUCCACACGAAAUACGGUAAGCAACUAGGAUUGAAUACGGGCGACUUUUUAGGCACAGCCUCGAUUCGCGCCCUCUGUACAAAAUGAGUAAAGACUAAAAUGACUAAAAUGAGCCACCAUGAGACAUGUUAGACUCGAAAGUUAGACUCUUUAUGACAUUUACAUCGUAUUACACAUAUAAUAAAGAAAAAAAAGCGUUAUUGUGCAAAGGAUUAUAAAAACGUAUAAACGGACCACGGUGUUUUCACAAUUUGAGCACAAAGUUAUAAAACGUUCCGUCAGGCGAUCUUCAGAUGAUGUUGCAAAUUUAUAAAUAUUUUGGUCGUCGGAACUCAACGACAGAUUUUUGACUUUGGGACCAUCUUCACCAUAUCGACAUAACACGAACUAAUAAAAUUAAUGUAUUGAGACAUUUUACACAGCUUUAUGUCAUGAGACAUUAUUGUUUAAAUUGAUGUGUGCCCAACAGGUAGUUAACUUAUCGUAUACUACUGGCACGAAAAUGGAAGCGUUUGCUUUACGCCACAGUAACUGUUCCCCCCCAGGCUCACCCGCGCUAACUAAAGGCCGUAACGUAAUGUUAUAUUGGGCAUACGUCCCAUAACAAUUUGCAAUAUCUCCUAAGCUGUACGAUAUAACAUGUCGAUAAGCACACUGUACAAGGUCUAUUUAUAUAAGAUUCAGAAUUUUAUGCCCAAAAAUCGAGAUUAAAAAUUACAUUUUUUUUAGAUUAAAUGCGUCCUUGAUAUUGUUGUGCUUAAGAUAAUAAGACAUCGACUACCUAUUUAUAUUAUUUAAAUUUAAUAAAGAGCAGUAUUUUUGUAGAACCUAGUAUUUCUGUAUAGCCAUUUGGAAAGCGCACGCGGAUAAAACCAGAUCGCGAACGUUUUAUCUUCGGGCUUGGUUUAUAAAUACCAUUGUUUCUGACUAAGGUCUUAUUGCUACAGAAUUAAAUAUCUGUCUAUGUUACUUUUAGAUUUAAUAAAAAAACAUCCUAAUGGCGAAUGAUUAAA